CGCCAUAGUCGGUGGCAGAAUACGUAAUCUACAAACAUCAUUACCGAACGAUCCUGCAUUCUUGAACUGACAAACGCGUCGCCACCACAGCCUCUACGCACACUUCUCAAGCCUCCGGAGCUGUGUUCAGGUCCCCAUGCUGCGUCUGCGUGCCUUCCAGUUAACCCUGCUGCUCGUUGCAGUUUUGCUGCAGCUCUCCACCUCCGUCAUCAGUGCGGAAUCCCCCGCAACCAUCAAGAAAAGCGUGGAGGUGCAGUUCCCCCAUGUUUCGGAGGCACUUCUAGAGCAGCUAGGCUAUCAGAAGAAGAACCGCUACUCGGCCUCGGCCUUCAAGGUGACGCCUCGCAAGCCAGCGCCGGACUUUAGCAACGUAAACGCCGUGGUCAACGAGAAGUUCGAGAAGGUGUCGCUCAGCGACUACAAGGGCAAGUGGCUCAUCUUGUUCUUCUACCCUUUUGACUUCACGUUCGUGUGUCCUACCGAGAUCGUGAGCUUCAGUGACAGCGUCGACCAUUUCCGCAGUAUCAAUGCCGAGGUUGUAGCUAUCUCCACCGACUCGCACCACACGCACUUGGCCUGGGUCAAGACUCCGCGUAGUGAAGGCGGCCUGGGCAAGAUGAACAUCCCGCUCAUUGCCGAUAUCAGCAAGCGCAUCUCUGAGGACUACGGCGUGCUGGUUACGGACGAAGAGGACGAGAUGUUUGGGGCUGCUCUUCGUGGACUGUUCAUCAUCGACCCGGAAGGCACGAUCCGCUCCAUCCAGAUCAAUGAUGACGCUGUCGGACGCAGUGUCGAUGAGACGUUGCGUAUCCUCAAGGCCUUCCAGUAUGCUGCGUCGCACCCGCACGAGGUGUGCCCCGCGAACUGGAAGCCCGGAGGUGAGACCAUUAAGACCGACCACGUCGAGAAGAUGGACUUCUUCCAGCACCUGUACGGCGACAACAGCAAGAAACAGGAGCUGUAAACUGUCUACAAAGACUAAGGACGUUUUAGAGGCGAAUUGUCAUGAAGAUUGUCCUCACUAACCAAGAAACCUGUUAAUCUGACCAUUUUUCUCGUUGUUUUUUUUUGUCAUUAUUCACGCCCGUUCUUCUCGUUCUCUAGUCAUCUACUGAAUGAAAACAACUAGAGAAACUCGAAAAGA